CGGUGGAAAUGGUGGUGGCAUUGGUGGUGGAUACCGGAGCAACCUCGGAGGAAACUUUGGCGGAAAGCGUUUCAAUGGAUCGCAACAGACGAACCGCAUGGGCCAAAACAACCGCCAGGGCGGCGGUGGCGGUGGUGGUGGCAACAACCAGAACCGACGCUUCUAAAGGAAAGGUAGUUCUUAGUGUGUAAUAACUCACUCAAACCACUCAAAAGGACAUGAGGACUCUCUGAGACUGAACCUGGAAGUCGUCUUGUAGAGCCAGACAGACACCAACCGACCGAAUCCCCCGCCCAGACUGUAACUGACAAACACGACACUACUAGACACACGAUAUCACACUUCUCAGUUGUGACGCGUUAGCAGACGCAUACACACACACACACAACAACACUCUCAUGUAAACGCAACGUGUAUGUAUGUGUACGACUCCUUUUUUGAAACCUUCACUCGCUCUAAUAGGCUAGUUUAGUAUAGCCAUAGAGCACACGGCCUAUUCUAACGAUGAUAGGCUUAGGUAUUAACUAAGAAAAGAGGUUAAUGCAGCGCUCAGCGACAGGUGUACGAUUUUAUUUCUUCGCAUUCAUUCUUAGCAAUGCCAAGAAGACACUGCAUUGGCGGCAUGAUUUUUUUUAUUAGUAAUCCAUCACUUGGAGCGAGGGCGGCCAGAUUGUUAAAAUACACACACAAUAGUAACUUUGAUUUUUAACGGAAACAUACCACAAAUUCAUGGUGGUAGAAUGGGAGGUCACUAAAAUUGUAACGCAUAGCUGGAUAUACCUUCCUUUUUACGUUUCACUUUUUCUUACUCCAAUUGCCGGGUGGAGUGUGACAACAGAAUGGCUGAAGCUAGCAACACACUAACUAGGUAUGUUAAGAGCAAUAGAGCAUUGUGCGUGGCAAAGGUGUAUUUUUUCAUAUUUUUAAAUUUAUUUUGCAACUUUAUUGACUUUUUAGUGUGGACUUCUUCAACAAAGAACUAAUGGAUAGAUUUAUCUUGUUCGUAUUUAAACUUAAAUAUACCGCUCGAAAUUGUAACGUGUAUUAGCAUGUAAUGACACCGAUUGGUCUGCUGAUCAUGAUUGAUUGAAUCUAGAUUCUCACAUUGCUCUGGAAUGUAGUGCGUAUCUUUGCUUUGUUUUUUGCAUUUUCCUUCCAUUGAACACGAGCACCAAGAAGGUAGGGUACGUAGUAGCCCCUUACCGAAUGGUUAAAUGUAGCAACGACCUGCGCAAGUCAGCAAGCAUAAAACAAUGAAAUGGAAUUCUUAAAACAUCACUCUCGCGACAUCUACUCAAUUCCUCCCAAAUGUAAAUCGCGCAUGUGUGUAGGAUGAAUUGUAAUUAGUAAUUACCCAGCAACAUCGCGAUUCUAUUGAUGUUCAAGAGUGUGUGGUGUACUAUGAAAAGCCACUAUAUAUUCGCACACAUAAAUUUUAUCUAUUCCUUACUCUCUUAUAGAGCCAAACUGUAACUGCAACGAAUAAAAAGAAAACAAUGUAAAAAAAGUAACGCGCCUAUCUGCAAUUCGAUAACGCGUGCAGCGAAGCCACGAUAGCAGGUCAAUCAAUAAUUGGAUUUUAGAUCAGUGGGGACUAGUUUCAUUAUUAGCGCGAUUGUUACUUCUGAAGAUGAUUGUCCCAUGAUUAAGCGCAAGCCGCGUGUAUCCUAAUGCAGUGGUAAUUACUUAGCCCAGAGCAAAUUAUAACAGCAUGAUAAGAUGCUAUCAAUGUAGAUUCAUUCGUGGGUCGAAAACAAUGUCGACUCCUGCAGAUAGGGAAGAGGGGAUAUGAAGGGAAAAAUCAAAACCAGAUGUGACCGUUUCAAACUAAUCCUCCAUUUUCAAAUCUUACAUAGCAAUGCAUAGAGAAGGGGAGAGGUACGGUUUUUCUUCUCUUCUUAAAAAUGAAUCCAUCUCGGUCAACCGCAGAUUAUCGACAAGGACCUUGAGCAUAUAUUUGCGCAGCACUCCAGCCCGCUGUCCCUGCAGCUUUAUGACUGCAACAUUUUACCGCCGACAUGUAUAAUAUUUGGGGGUCCGCCAGAGUGGGUGUGUGUAUGUGUAUGCGUGUCACGAGUUCCGGUGUCAUACAAAAACAACAUUCGACCAUCUGAACUUCACUUGUCCUGUUCCAUCCCAGCCUCUACUAUCCCCCUUCUCUUACUUUAGAACGGCAUAGAAUUACAGUCUACUAUAUUUAGUGUGAAAACGUAUUUCAUAAACAUUUGCAACAGCAGAAACGUGGCCGAUGUAGUAAAAACGCACGAGGUGGUGCCGAUGCUUGUGCCCCCAUUCAGGCAAUACAUGCAUGCGUUGUGGGGCGCGAAAGAGUUUCGGGACUGCUUCGAGUGUAAAUGGUAUUACUAUCAUACGAAUAAAUGAGUAAAAAAAUCGUAAAAUCUUUGAAAAUAAAGGAAAAAAAUGAAAAAU